AGCACAAACCCUAGCAAUGUUGUGUCCUUUUAGUUCUUCAUUCAACUGUGUUUGAAGCUUCCGCGAGAGAGGUCGGAGCGACAGUCUCUUCGGUACCAGUUUGCAUCUUUCUUGAAGAUGGUGAGAAUCAGCGUUCUGAACGAUGCCCUUAAGAGCAUGUACAAUGCGGAGAAGAGGGGAAAGAGGCAAGUGAUGAUAAGGCCUUCUUCUAAAGUGAUCAUCAAGUUUCUUAUUGUCAUGCAAAAGCACGGCUACAUCGGCGAGUUUGAGUACGUUGAUGACCACAGGGCUGGUAAGAUUGUCGUUGAACUAAAUGGAAGGCUGAACAAGUGUGGAGUCAUCAGUCCCCGGUUUGAUGUCGGUGUUAAGGAGAUUGAAGGCUGGACUGCUCGUCUUCUUCCGUCCAGACAGUUUGGUUACAUUGUUCUGACAACUUCAGCGGGCAUCAUGGACCACGAAGAAGCCAGGAGAAAGAACGUGGGAGGCAAAGUUCUCGGGUUCUUUUACUGAAGCAUCGGUUUUACGAGACUCUCCUCUUCUUCCCGGUAUAUUUUGCUUAUCCUCAAGUAUUGAAUCCUCGAUCUUAUAAGUGGAUUUUUCUAAAUUCCCCUGGCCAUUGUUGUUUAGUAAUGCCUUUUUUUAUCCGAGACGAGUAGAGAGGUAAUUUCAAUUCUGAGUUGUUACAAUUUGCAAGAUUUUGAGCCAAUUUAUUCAUCAAAAUCUAUAUGGGCGCAUUUUGGUU